AUGGCCCUCCGCCUCCUCCCUCCCCGAGCCGUCGUCGCACGCUCAACUUUUACAAUCUCCAACAUCACGAGCCUCACUUCAGCCUCAACACCGCGAAUAGCCUCCCUCCGCCGCUCAUUCAUCUCCUUCCCGUCCUCCGAGCCCCAGCGACUCACCGCCACCCGCACCCUCCCAUACCCCUCCGAACCCCUCUACGACCUCAUCUCCGACGUCGACUCGUACUCGUCCUUCGUCCCGUACUGCUCAAAGUCCCGCGUCAUCCGCUGGUCCGACCCGGACUCCGAAACCGGUCGCCGCUACCCCACACUUGCGGACCUGCACGUCGGCUGGGGCGGCUUCGACGAGGUCUUUACAAGCCGGCUGCGCUGCGUCCCCGGCCGGUCGGUAGAGGCCAUUAGCGGGGAUACGACCCCCGGUGGCUCGGGCCCCGAUGCGUCAGCUGUCUUCCGGAACUUGGUGACGCGCUGGUCCGUGAGGCCGAUUGCGGGACCGCCGACACCGCGCACCGAGGUGCACCUCAACAUCGAUUUCCAGUUUACAAACCCUCUCUACGGCGCUGUGAGCGCGGCCGUCUCUGACAAGGUCGCUGCUCUAAUGAUAGAAGCGUUCGAGAAACGAGCUCGUCAGAAGUUGGGGUCACAACGGAAGCUUUAA